AUGCGGCCGCUGGGGGCCUUGGCGUGGGCGCUGCUUCCGUUUCGCGGCGACGGCGCGCUGUGCGAGGGCGCGGCGUGCGAUGCCAUGGUGCAAGGCGUUUGCUCCCGGGUGGCGCAGAGGGAGGCGUGCGACGCGCUGUGGCAGACCUUCUUGUCGCUCAUGGCGCAGCACACCGCGGCGGCCUCGGGGCAGCUGUCCUGGCGGCACUUGGCCCACCGCGCACAGAUGCUCAGCAAAUCCAUGCUGCGGCCGGAAUGCUGGGUCAGCACUCCGAGCUUGCAGACCAUGGAGAUGCCAGAGGUCGCUGGGAGGCCUGCGUGCCUGAGCUCGCUGUGCCUCUUGGACAGCAGCUGCCACGACCGCCACAUCUUGCAGGAGCUGCUGAGCCUCGCGAAGCUGAUCCACCCAGCCACCGCCCGGGAGCUCUUCAGCGCCACCCAGGCGUACUUCUCCUGGCAGCGCUUCGAGCAGACGCCCAUGCUUUUCUACCCCUCCUUGAAAGCGCAAGUCUGGUUCGGAGAGCAGGACUACCCGCAGCUGGUGUCGGCGCUCCGGCGGCAUUUCCCAGCCAUCCGGGCGGAGUUCCUGAGGUCCUAUGGAGCCAGGGGCGGCAAGCUCACCCCGGACGAGGAGGAGUACAGCGGGCGGGAGGGCUGGUGGUGCUGGGAUGUGUGGUCGGCGGUGGAUGGCUGGGUGCAAGAGCGAUGCGAACAGAUGCCCAGCCUCUGCGAGGCCCUGAGGCCGCAGCUGCCGCACUCCAAGUCUUCGAUUCUGGCGGCGUACUUGCAGGAAGAGGUCGCUUUCUUCGGCCUCCCGCCGGGAGAGAAGUUCUUCGCCCCGCACAACGACGGCAGCAACGCACGGGUGGCGCUGCUGAUGCCCCUGACCGGGGGCCAGUUCAGCUCCCUCACGGUGAACGGAGAGCGGCGCGACUUCGGCGGCGACGGCCACGUCCUGGGCUUCGAUGCCUCCUUCGACCACAGCGCCAGGUACGACGCGCCUGUGGGGAGCGAAGAUCGCUGGGUGCUGUCCAUCGCGGUGUCGCACCCGGAGUACGAUGAACACCUGGGCAAAGGACUUUUGCAGUCACCGCCCCCCAGCGUCCAGCUGCUAGAGGAUCCACACAGGUGGCGGACCGCGCCCAAAGGCGCCGCUUCGCCCGCCGCUUCGCCCGCCGCUUCGCCCGGUGCCGCUUCGCGCUCCGCUGGCGCCGGCGCCGGGCUGGUGCCGCAGCUCUUGCAGCGCCUGAGGCCCCAGCCAGACCUCCACGUGGUGCUGCUAGGACCGCGCCUGGCUCUUCCGCUGCUGGAGGCGGGCGCUGUGGUGGCAGUGGCCUGCGGGUCCUGCGAGCUGGAGGGCCCAAGCCUCUGGCAGGACCUGCGCGGGUUGCCCGAGAGCCUCCUGCGGCGUCUGCUGCUGGUGCCCCUGUCCGAGCUCUGGCACCAGGCCCUGGAGCCGACUUCCGUGGACCUGGUGCUGACGGAGGGCGUGGAGCUCUUUGAGAAGGAGGGCCACUUUUGGCGCUUCCAAGGCGCCGCCUGGCGGGGCAUGUCCUCGGCGCUGGCGGAUCGUGGGCAGAUCUGCGGCUUGGGGCCGGCGCCCAACUUGCCAGCAGGAUUUGCCCUGGAGUUCGGCGAGGGAUUCUGGUGCUUUGGCUGGACCGCGCGGGAGCGGAAAGCCGCGGCCGCCUCGGCGCCCUUCGGGGCCGCCGCAGCCUUUGCGGCGAAGACUUUGCGCCGCGCCAUGGGUCUCGCCGACCCGCCGGAGCCGGUCUUGCUCACGCUGGUGGCGCGCUAUGCGUACAGCAACGCAAAGCUGGCCGCCGGCUGUUCAGAUGGAGGCCCGGACCUCCGUGCGCUGGGGGACGGUCUGGACGCCGCCCAGUCCGCGCUGCGCAGCCGCGCGAAGGUGGCCAAAGAUAUGGUCUUGGCGGUGGCCGGCGAGAUGGCCACGCUGGACUCCGUCCCACUCCCUUCGCUGUGCUCGGUGCAGCUGCCUGAGGCGCCGCAGCUGGUGGAGGAGACCUGGACAAGUGUGCCACUGCUGGGCUUUGGCACCCACGAGCUCUCCGGGGACGAGUGCUAUGCCGCAGUGCGCUCUGCACUGGAGGCGGGCGUGCGGCACAUCGACUCUGCCGAGGGCUACGGCAACGCCUUGGAGGUGGCCAGGGCCAUGCGGCACAGCCAGGUGCCGCGCGACCAGAUCUUCUUUGCCACCAAGCUCUCGCAGGGGGACCUCUCUGAGGCAGACGCCUACAGCGCCCUGCAGGCGGAGCUGGACCGGUUCGGUGGGUACGCAGACCUGUGUUACCUCCACUUCCCCUCCGCCAGCAACUUGCCGCCCUGGCGCGCGCUGCUGCGGCUCCGGCGCGAAGGCCGGUGCCGCCACCUGGGCCUCUCCAACUUCGGGCGCUCCGAGAUUGAAGAGAUCUUGGCCCACAGCGAGGUAAACCACCCGCGGGCCCUGCCCUCGGGCACGGACCUGCCAGAGGAUGUGCUGAAUUUGGUGACGGCCACUUUGUCGCUGCAGCUGAACUUCAACUUUGCGCAGAUGCUACAGGGAGAAAACGUACCUGCCAACCUCCUGCAGCUCAAGGAGUUUAUCCUCAACAACGACGGUGAGGCGACCUUGAAGUUCUACGUGCUUUUCUUGCUGGGCUUCCUGAGCGGCCUGGCGGGCGGCCGUGGGUCUCGGUUCAUGACCAACAGCAACGCUCGGGCCACGUUGCCGGGGCUGGCAGUGCUGAAGCGGGUCCUCGAAAAGGACCCCACGGCGCUGUACUGGACCUACAUCCACCACCGUGGCCUGGAGCUGGGUCGGCGCCCGCAGAACACCACAGACCUGGCGGUGGUACGCCUGGCCUGCUUGUGCCGGGCGCAGAAGCCUCAGGACCUGCAGGGGCUGCAGGAGGCCUGGCAGGGCCUGGGCCAGGUGGAGCACCGGGAGCUGCUGCGCCACUUCCUGGCCGACGGCGUCCAGAACCAGGCGGUGAUCCUCGAGUUCCUCCCGCUCUGCCUAGAGCGGGCAAAAGCCAACGCCUUUGUGGGGAUCCCUGCGCUGCUCAAGGUGCUGGUGGAGUUGCUGGGCGCAGUGCGGGCGCUGGUCCAGAAAGGCAAGCACAGGGACGACGCCAAAGGCAGCUCUCGCACGGUGCCAGUGGACUUGGCCGAUUUCGCCGCAUUCAUCCUGAUGGUGCAGAACAGCUACAUCUUCCAGUCCUGCCUGUGCCGCUCCAAGCUUCGACUCAAGGCUGGGCGAAUGCUCUUGGAGGUCUCCCAGGAGAACUGGCGCCGAGUAAGGGACCCCCAAACGGAUGUGAUCAUGCUUGCAAACUCCGUGCGGGAUCUCCUGGACAAGCAGCAGGAAGAGGAUCGAAGCGUCCAAUCGAGCACACCCCUUCACCAGCCAACCAUCCAGAGCUGCCAGUUCUGAGCCUUGACCAGCGUCCCAAUAUGGGACUUUCUCCGCUCGCCGGGACCUACGCACCCUGGUGUGGGUUUGUCCUUUCUUGAUGUACU